AUGGGAAUCGAGGCCGGGGAGUCCUCUGGUGCCGGACGUCCCGAGACGAGCAGUGGUAGAGAAGAUGCCGGUCUAGCUACCACCCCAACCAGUACCUCCAACUCCCUACGCCAGCGGUUCUCACUGGCGGCUCAUCCGGAGAUUAUGAGAGCGGCGCAGAAGGAUGACCAGCGAGACCUGUUCAAGGUCGUAUCUAUCAAGAGAAAGAAUCAGCACAAUUUAUCGCUAUUUUCCAGCCAAUGGUUGUUUUCAAGGGUGGAUUGA